GAGGCUGGGCUGCCGAAGCCCCGCCCCUCGCUGUGGGAGGACUUCCGUAUAACAAGAUGGCGGGCCACGCCGCUUCAGCCGCCGCAAUGGAUGCCGCCGAGAAGACCCGGGGCAAGUACGCCGCACUCUCCUUCGCCGCCAUCGCUGUGGCACUGGGGCUUCCGCUCUGGUGGAAGACGACGGAGACUUACCGGGCCUCGUUGCCGUACGCCGAGAUUGCGGAGCUGGACACCUUAAGGUUCCAGCUGACGGUGCCGGUGUCGGUCGUCUUUGCCAAAGGGUCGUUGCCGGCGAAGCAGGAGCGCAAACUCCCUUCUCGAAAGAUGCAGGACGUCGACAUCCCCUUAAAUCCCAAGACCAGCGUGACCUCCCAUUAUGAGAUGUUCUACCGCCGCGCGACGACGCAGGAGGAAACGAUCCUGGCGCAGGCGUCCCUAGAAGAGGUCGAUUCCAGCCUUCGGACAACAGAAGAGACCUCCAUGGGGUCCAUCACUGUUUACGUGGUCCCACAAAACUCCCGUCUCCUCCCACAGGACAUCAGCGUAUUCGUCGGGAAGCACCGCAGUGCCAUCCUCCGGUCCCCCCUCCACACGGAGGACGCCCUCGACGGAGUGGACGUUCACGUCCAGCGGGUGGCCCACGCCAUGUCCUUCACGCCCGACUCCCUCGCAGAAGCCCUUGCUGACCGCGUCCUCAUUGGCCAACCAGGCGCCGAGUGGAAGCGGCCCGUCAAGUCCAGUCUUGGGUACGAGAUCACCUUCAGCUUGUUGAACCCAGAUCCGAGGUCUCACAAUGUGCAUUGGGACAUAGAGGGGGCCAUCCACCGCUUUGUGAAGCCGAUGCUGGAGAAGUUGAGCCCCGUGGCCGAGUUUUCAGUGGAUUCACAAAUCCUCUAUUACGCAGCAUUGGGGGUGACGCCUCGUUUUGACCCCGCGUCUUCCAGUUAUCGCCUGAGCGUCCAUAGCCUUCCCCAUGUCAUCAACCCAGUGGAGGCCCGGUUGGGUUCCAGCGCUGCCUCGCUUUACCCGGUGCUCAACUUCCUGUUAUAUGUUCCGGAAGAUCUGCACUCGCCGCUCUAUAUCCAGGGCAAGGACGGGUCGGCCGUGCCCACCAAUGCCUUCCAUAGCCCUCGAUGGGGUGGCAUUAUGAUCUACAAUGUUGGACCGGAUGUGGCCAAUGAAACUUCCUUCCCGAAAAGAGUGGAUGUCAAUAUGGUGGCCGUGAUGGAGGUAUUCCUGGCCCAGCUGCGGCUGCUCUUUGGGGUUUCCCGGACGCCACUGCCAGAGGGAACCCUCCUGGCCAAUCCGGGCAAGGCAGGCCUCUGCGACUGGGAGCUAGACCGGCUUCUCUGGGCCCGAAGCGUGGAGAACGUGGCCACCGUCUCCACCACCUUGACCUCACUGGCCCAGCUGCUGGACAAGAUCGGGAACAUCGUCAUCAAGGACGACGUGGCCUCCGAGGUCUACCAUGCGGUGGGGUCAGCGGAGGAGGCCCUGCGAGAACUGGAGGCUGGGCGCCUGGAGGCGGCCUUCCUGGCCAGCAAGGCGGCCGUCACAUCCUCGGAGCGGGCUUUCUUCCACCCUUCGCUCCUCCACCUCCUCUACUUCCCCGAUGACCAGAAGUUCGCCAUUUACAUCCCGCUCUUCCUCCCUAUGGCCGUCCCCAUCCUCCUCUCCAUGGCCAAGAUCCUGCGGGAGAGCCGGGCCACCAAAAAGGAGCCGGGCAAAGUGGACUGAGUGCCGGAUGCCAGCCGGCUCUCCUUUGCACAGCAGCUCCCAGCAUCCCCCAAUGGACAGGUCGGAAGGAAACAAAAUUCUUCCAAAAAGUCACUUCUUUGGGGGCCCAAAAGUCCGCCUCCUGAAAGUAACUUUCCGGCUUUCAUCAUGUCUCCCUCCCUGCAUUUUAUUUAUUUAUUCGGGUUGAUUUUGCACUUGGGUUUGAAAUAAAAGACGAUUGGGUGUAAAAGGAAA